AUGAAAAACAUCCGAUCAUCCUUCCUGCACGGUGUAGGUUCGCCGAAUUUCAAGUCCUGCUUAUCCAUCGCAUAUCCUUCCAAAUUCCGGAUUCCCAAGCUUAAAAUGUUGGUGAAACAAACAAUACAUUCGUGCCGAGUGUGUGUCAUUCACAAGAAGAGACUGCAGACGCAGUUGAUGGGGAAUUUGCCCCGUGCAAGGUCCACGUUCUCCAGACCGUUCACCCAUACGGGAGUGGACUUCGCAGGACCAUUUGACGUCAAGAGUUACGUCGGUCGAGCCUGCAAAAUCACAAAGGGGUACGUGUGCGUUUUUGUGUGUUUUACUACCCGGGCUAUCCACCUCGAAGCGACCUCGGACUUGACUACAGAGAAGUUCCUGGCCGCAUUCUCCCGUUUUUUCGCUCGGCGUGGGUGUCCACAACACGUCUACUCUGACAACGGGAAAACGUUUGUCGGAGCUUCGACGUCCUUAUCAAAGGAUUUCAUUGAAGCUACCAGAACAUCGGUUUUAUCGCAGCACAGCCUUCAGAAUGUGUCCUGGCAUUUCAACCCUCCUGGCGCACCUCAUAUGGGAGGGCUUUGGGAGGCAGGUGUGAAGAGCUUCAUGUCGCAUUUUUACAAGUACACAGCCGCUGGAAAAUACACGUUCUUGGAACUGACUACCCUCCUGGCGAAGAUUGAGGCCUGUUUGAAUUCCAGGCCCAUCUCGCCAAUGUCCGAAGAUUCCACUGACCUUAUCGCUCUGAGCCCUGGGCAUUUUCUAAUCGGUGGACCAUUACUUGCGGUAGCAGAACCUGAGGUUAAAGAAGGUCCCAGCUCCAUUAUCAAUCGGUGGAGGAGGUUGAAAGCCCUGAAUCAGCAGUUCUCCCUGCGUUGGAAGGAGGCAUACCUAAAGGAACUCCACAAAAGGAAUAAAUGGAAGUUCCCAACGCGAGAUCUCCAGGCUGGAGACAUGGUGGUGAUCAAAGAGGAGAACUUGCCAUCCAACGAGUGGCGACUUGGGCGUAUCCAAGUGGUCUGUCCCGGCGUGGACGGCAAGGUCAGAGUGGCAGACGCUCUCACAGCACGGGGGGUCGUCCGAAGACCAGUGGCAAAAAUGAUCCGCCUUCCAAUGGACAGCCCGAAUGAGACGAAAGACUCCUCCAUACUUUAA